CUCGUCUCUUCCAUUCUGCCUGCAGCCCUGCACGGCUGCACAGGCUUCCCAGUUUGCAAACCCUUCUCGCCCGUCUUCCCCAUCCGCGUAAGCUCCUGCGGCAGCGGCGAAUUCCCUGUUGAUGGCCACCAAAUCUCACAAGAAGAAGAAGCCUUCUGCCUCCAACCCCUCUAUCGAUCCCAAGCCCACCUCCUCAGACAAGAAACCCAAGCCCCCUAAGCCCCAGCCGGAGCAGGCUGCGGCGGACAAGAGACCGAAGAAGCAGAAGGCGAGGGACGAGAUCGACGAGAUCUUCAGCGCCGCCAAGGCGGGCAAGAAGCGGAAGCAGCCGCAGGAAGAGGGCAAGGUGGCCAAGAAGCCCAAGGAUAAGACUGAGGGGAUCAAGAAGAAGAAUAAGAGCAAGACGCCGGGAAGUAAAGGUAAGGGUCGUGUGCCGGAUGACGACGACGAGGAGGAGGUCGAGGAAAAGCGGCCGCGGCGCCGCACGGCGGAUGGGCUCGCCAUAUACUCCGCCGAUGAGCUCGGGUUCGGCAAAGCCGACGCCGGCGGCACCCCGCUCUGUCCAUUCGACUGCGACUGCUGCUUCUGAGCUCCCUCUGGCAUCCCCCGCCUGAUGUAGUGAGGUGAAAACAGUGAGUUUCUGUUCUGCAUUGCCUAACGAAUUCUAUGGCAAGCACACUUGGGUUUGUGCUCUGAUGAAAUGAAUUUUUGGUACAUGCGCUGUAUUCGUUGCUCCUGAAUGAUGCUGAAAUUAAAAGUCGCUGCAUAGGUGCUGCUGAAUCAAGAAUCUGCUAUACAAUUUGUAUUCUA